GGGCCGACGCCCGCUGCCCGCCAUGCCGUCGCGUGACGUCACUUCUCCGCGCCGCGCCGCGCGCGGAGGACCCCGCCGCGCCCAGGAUGGCGGCGGGAGGGCGCUGAGGCGGCGCGAUGGCGCCGGGGGCGCUCGGCCGCCUCCGGGCCCUCCUGCCCGCUGCACCGCGGUCCCCGGGGCCCGGCCGUGCCCUGGCGUCGUCCCGCGGCGCGCAGACGGUGGGCGGCGGAGCUUCUCGGCCGUGCCGCGACCUGUACGAAGUGCUGGGGGUCCCGGCCACGGCGACGGCGGCGCAGAUCAAGACGGCGUACUACGAGCAGUCGUUCCGCUACCACCCCGACCGCAACGCCGGCAGCGCCGCCGCCGCCGCCCACUUCGCGGCCGUUAGCGAGGCCUACCGGGUGCUGGGCAGCGCCGCCCUGCGCCGCAGGUACGACCGCGGCCUCCUCAGCGCUGAGGACCUGCGCGACGCCCCCCGGCCCUCCGGCCGCGCGCCCGCCCCCCCGCCGCCGCCACCCCGGCCCCCCGCCGCCGCGCGCCGCGGGCCCGUCCCGCCGUCCUUCGACUUCGACGCCUUCUACCGAGCACACUACGGGGAGCAGCUGGAGCGGGAGCGGGUGUUGCGGGCGCGGCGGGAGCAGCUGCGCCUCCGCCGGGAGGAGGUCGCGGCCCAGGGACGCCUUCGGCUUCUCUCUGACCUCUCGGUCGGGCUCAUCUUCUUGCUGGGUUUUGCUCUCCUCUACGGCCUCAAGUGACAGCGGGGCCUCAGCUGAGCAUCCACCAAGCUCCACUGCUGUGGCGGGACGCAGUGUCACCAGUGGGCAUGGCAGCUGGCUGGGGUGUCCCCUGCGCCCGCACAGGGGGCAGGCAUCGUGUGCGUGUGCUGGUGUGACCUUCAGGCAUAGUGUGUGACCAGCAGGCAUCAUGCUUGGGCUCUGCUCCUCAGGCUGAGAGAUGUCCCCUCUGCCAGUGUGACCUUCAGAGACAGCGCACAGCCAGCGGACUCCAUGUGUGAGCUCUGCUCCGUGGGCUGUGACCUGACCCCUCUGCUUGUUGUGACCUUCAGACGUGGAGUUCAACUGGCCGGCACAGAACAUGGCUGUGAUGUGACCUCCACAAGUGUGACCUGCAGACAGCACACAUGACCCCUGGGUACCACAUGUGGGCUCUGCUGUGCAGGAUGCGACAUGCCCCUGCUGCCAGCAUCACCUUGCAGACAUGGUGUAGGGGCUUGACAGGCUGCAACAUGUCCCCUUUGCCAAUAUGACCUUGCAGACACAGUGCCUGACAGGUAAAUGUGGUUCAUGGACUCUGAUUUGUGGACUGUGAUGUGUUCCCUCCAUUGGCACUGCUGCUUGACAUUGGUGGGAACCACGUGCCUGUCCUAAGCUGCAGCAGAGAUUAAAUGGUUGUCAGUGG